AUGGCAGAUUUGUGAUGUCAUAUUAGAAAUAGACUGUACUUAGGUAAACCAAGCCUCAAACCCUCAUCAGUUCACAGAUCAAAUCUGAGACAGCAGUCAGCAAGGCUCGCAACUUUGAACUGGUGUACAUUCGAGACACUUACUCCGCUAAGAUUAGCAAUGGAAAACAAGUUGAACUCAGAUGAUAUGAUGGAGAAGGAGAUGGAGGCUGAGGAGAUGGUUAACACAAUGCCAUUUCCCCACUUUCAUCCUUCCUACAGCUUACAUGUUAAGAAUCUGGAGCAGCAAGUGAAGGCUCUGCAGGAAGAGGCCAGAAAAAAAGAAUUAGAGGAAAUAAACAAAACCAACAAGAUUAAAGAGCUCCAUGAUCUUGUUGAACGUAAAGACAACCAGCUGCAGGCUGAAAGGCUGAGGGCUGACACCCUCCAGAAAGAACAGGAGGAAUUUAGGUGGGAAGUUCAAGAGAAAGCCAGCCAACACCUGAAGCAGGUUCAGAAUCUGGAGCUGGAGAAACUUUCCCUGGAGCAGAAGGUGGGUGCCCUUCAAAUAGAACAUAACAACAAAAUUAAAGAGCACCAAUAUAUAGUUGAACGUAAAAACAAACGGAUGAAGGCUGAAUGGCUGAGGGCUUCCGCCCUCCAGGAAGAACUGGAGAAUUUCGAGUGGGAAGUUGAAGAGAAAGCCAGCGAAGAGCAGGAGCAGGUUCAGACUCUGGAGCUGGAGAAACUUUCGCUGCAGCGGAAGGUGGGUUGGUUGAACAACAAGGUUCAAGAGCUUGUGCGCCUUCUUGUAUCUAAGGACAAAAAGCUGAUAAAGAACAUGGUGUUGCCUCGCUACCUCCGAUCAAGACUGGACAUGAACAAACAGGAGCUUGAUAAAAUGACCAAGACGUUGAUAAAGAAGGAGAAGGAGCUCGUAGACUUGAGGAAGGAGACCUACACCGAAGCACAGAUGGAGAACCUAAGGAACCAGCUGACAGGACAGACCACAAAUUGCUUUGAUCUGUCCAGCAAGCUAGAAGAGCAGGUGAGGGUCAGUCAGAAUCUUUUGGAGGAAGUGGCAGACCUGCAGGAAGAGGUCAUGACCAGAGCAUUAGAGGAUCCCAUCAAGAUUCAAGAGCUCCAUGAUCUUGUUGAACAAAAAGACAACCAGCUGCAGGCUGAAAGGCUGAGGGCUGACACCCUCCAGAAAGAACAGGAGGAAUUUAGGCGGGAAGUUCAAGAGAAAGCCAGCCAACACCUGAAGCAGGUUCAGAAUCUGGAGGUGGAGAAACUUAUGGAGCAGAAGGUGGGUGCCCUUCAAAUAGAACAUAACAACAAAAUUAAAGAGCUCCAAGUUGUUAUUGAACGUAAAAACAAACGGAUGAAGGCUGAAUGGCUGAGGGCUUCCGCCCUCCAGGAAGAACUGGAGAAUUUCGAGUGGGAAGUUGAAGAGAAAGCCAGCGAAGAGCAGGAGCAGGUUCAGACUCUGGAGCUGGAGAAACUUUCGCUGCAGCGGAAGGUGGGUUGGUUGAACUACAAGGUUCAAGGGCUUGUGCGCCUUCUUGCGUCUAAGGACAAAAAGCUGAUAAAGAACAUGGUGUUGCCUCGCUACCUCCGAUCAAGACUGGACAUGAACAAACAGGAGCUUGAUAAAAUGGCCAAGACGUUGAUAAAGAAGGAGAAGGAGCUCGUAGACUUGAGGAAGGAGACCUACACCGAAGCGCAGAUGGAGAACCUAAGGAACCAGCUGACAGGACAGACCACAAAUUGCUUCGAUCUGUCCAGCAAGCUAGAAGAGCAGGUGAGGGUCAGUCAAAAUCUUUUGGAGGAGGUGGCAGACCUGCAGGAAGAGGUCAUGACCAGAGCAUUAGAGGAUACCAACAAGAUUCAAGAGCUUCAUGAUCUUGUUGCGUCCUCAAAGAACCAGCUGCAGUCUGAAAGGCUAGAAGUUCAUGAGAGACUCAGUGAGAUGGAGCAAGUCUCUUUGUGGAAGAGGUUUAAAAAGACCAUGACUCCCCACAGUCAUCGCCAAUAUAAACAUCUGAGAUGGCGGAAGCAGGACCAGGAGUGAAACGCCAACCCCUCUGUUCCCCCAAUCCCCCUCAACAUACCCAGACUGUAACAGGCCGACUCUGCAUGGGUUUACUCCGGGCACUCCGGUUUCUUCCCACCAAUAUCUUUGAAAGAACUCUCUUCAGAAUAAUUUCUUAGAAAUUUCAAUAAAAAAAUUAAAACAACUUCA